AACAUGGGAAGUCUAUUUCCAAGAACACUAAUUUAUUGUAAAUCAAUUAGUGAUGUGGCAAAGAUUUACGAUUAUGUGUCAGACGAAUUGCCAGAGGACUUGUGCUCAUAUAUAGCUAUGUAUCAUUCAGAGACUGAAGAAUCUAUCAAAGAGACUGUGUUAUUGUCCAUUCGGGAGAAAGAGAGCCCUAUAAGAGUUAUUGUUUCCACUAAUGCUUUGGGUAUGGGGGUGGAUUUUAAAGAUCUACACAGCAUUAUUUUAUUUGGUCCACCUCAUUCUAUACUUGAAGUGGUGCAGGAAAUUGGACGUGCUGGGAGAGAUGGUGAAAAGUCUGUGUCUUUGCUACUUUAUAAUUCCCAUCACCUUGCCCGAUGUGGCCCAGAAGUAAAGAAACUCUUUAAGAGCAAUGACUGCCGAAGAAUACAGAUGAUGGAAUCAUUUCUUAAGGAAAGUGAACUUGAUAAAGUAAAAUCUUAUGCAGGAAAUUGUUCAUGCUGUGACGUAUGUCAGAACAACUGUUUAUGUGGGGAUUGUUCUCAACUGCCAUUGGAGAAAUUGUUUUUAGGGAAUCAUGUAACUUUUCCCAAUGAUCAUGAAACUUCAGAAGAUUCUGAUUCUUGAGAAUAAUUCUUCUCGACAUGGGGAUAACAAGAAUUCUGUGAGCACCAAUUAUGGCCCAGCUCUGAUUUGAAUAUACACUUUCAUGUUAAUAUACAAAAGUUCUUUUAAAGAAAUAUUGGCAUGGACAGAUGCAGGGAUAAACAGGAAGUUGACAUCAAAUUCAAACAAAAAUGAAUCCCAUCAUAUGGCAUGCUUAAAAAAAGAGCGUGCUAAAAUUUCAGGCAUCUGCGAAGAGUAGCUGUUGAGAAAACCUGUGAAAAUUUGUUAAGACAGACACAAACAUAAACGCACAAGGUAAACCAGUAUACCCCCCUCUCCUUUGGGGAUAUAAUAAUUAUAGGAAAUGCUAAUAAAUUACAUUAUUUGGACAUUUGGUAUGAUAUAUUUUGUGAAGUAAUUAAAUAU